UUCUUAGUAAAUACUUUACGAAAUGCAGUAACCUCUAACAAAUACCACUCAAGGCAACGCCGACACUCGCACAAAUCACCCAAUCGUGAAAAACAUCCAGAGCCUUCAAUUAAAAAAGAUAGAUCCAAAAGAAAACAUUAAAAUGGAGGAAUAUAAUGUAGAUAAUGUACUGAAAAAUAUUUUUGAUGUCAAUGAAACUAACUGGAAACCUUCUGAGAAGAUUCCUCUUAUAUCCAAAGAAAUAGAACAAUUAAAGAAUGACUUAAAGUCGUUCUUGAUCUCUACUGAACAUGAUGUGACAUCAAUACUGGAGGAAAGUGCAGCAUUAUGCUCAGAGACACAAACUUUAGCCGAGGAUAUGGAAGUUUGUAAGGUGGAAAUAGAACAGGAGACUAUGGCUGAAAUACUCAAGUCAUUAGCCAACCGUGAUCAGCUGCAAAAUGAACUUACAUCCAUUAACUUUGCUCUCAACAUAGUCCGUGAUGUGCUUCUUUGUGGGCAGUUUGUUAAGGAGUUUGACGAUGGACGGGAGGCACAGAGUUUCACUAGGGCUGUGGAAGCUGUGUAUGAUCUUCUGCAGCAUGCUGAGUCUCCAGCAGAAGGGUUCCAGAACUUAGAAGUGUACAGCAACACUAGACAUACAGCACAGUUAAUAUGGGAGAACCUUCUCACUGAUUUGUAUACUGAGUGGGGCCGGAUGGUAACUUGGAACAUAAAAGCUGGCACUCGAAAAACUGUAGUCACCAUUAAUUUAAGCUUUGACGAGUCCCUCAUUGUUGUUGAUAUUCUUAAUGCCCUUGAUAGGAGUAAGAAAUUGACUGAAAGAGUAGCUGAAUUUGCCCAGUUUCUUCUAAAAGAAGUUCUUAUGCCUAUAAUACACAGUGAUGUGACUGUGUAUGAUGAAACUGAUGAAUUGAUGACUGUUACUAUAAUGCACAAGCAGAAUUUUAAACCUCGAUAUGAUGCUGUUAUAGCUAACUUAAGAAUACUCUUCAAUUACUUGAACAAUAAGCUAAAUGUUGAUUUUAAGCGAGACACCACAAUAAUGAGGAUGGUUGGCAUAGAGAUCAGUUCUGAGUUUAGGGACAUACUGAUCAAAGACUGUCUGAUUGAUACCAUACCAAAUAAUAUAAAUGAUCUACAGAUAUACGGAAGGAUCACUUCAGAAAUACAGGAGUUUCAGAACUUCUUAGUUUUAGUUAAGUUCUUUACUGAAGAUUGUCUCUCUAUAUUGCAUUAUUUGAACAACAUUGAUGUUCUGUUUGCUAAUAAGUCGAGCCAGCAUUUCUUGGAAACAGCCAGGGCUAUAAUGCUAAAAGAUUUGAGUGCUUCAAUGUCUAUUGGAGUGGAGCAUGUGCCCAAUGAUGGGCUGGAGAUAAAGCUGGAGGAAGAAGGAGCAGAGGCAUUGAAUAUUCUGGAUAAGACUAUUCCAAAGAGUUUGUACUUCUUCCCGAGGUGCAUGAUAUCGAAGACUGCUCAGGAGCUGUUGGACGUGGCUUAUGUGAUGAUGGAGCAGGCGGUGCAGUGUUCCGAUGUGGUGUGCAAGAAGCUGUAUAAUACCACUCGGUUGGUGUUUGAACUGUAUGAUGCGGUGGUACCGUAUCACCAUGAGAACUAUCUGCAAACCAUCCCACAGUAUGUUGCCCUCUUCCACAACAACUGUAUGUACCUAGCGCACAAUCUUCAACUGUUUGGUGACAAAUGGCUGGUCCUCAUGGAGGGACGGGAACUGGACUAUCCCAUCGGCUUUGUGGACUUGGUGCAGAAGAUCAGAGACCUGGGCUAUAAGCACCUCACUAUACAUAUGCAGCAGCAGAGGAAACAGAUAUUGGACAAUAUUAGGUCUUCAGAUCUGAACUGCAUAGUUGUAAAGGACGUGUUGAGCGACAACGCGGAGGCGGCGGUCCGUCAGUGCCUCCGACAACUGCAUUUAUUGAAGAACGUCUGGAUAGGAGUCUUUCCUAAUAAUGUCUUUACCAGACUGAUGGCAACACUAGUCAACAUGUUUCUGGACGAGCUGAUCCAUCGCGUGUGCACCGUGGAGGAUAUAUCCAUGGAGAUGGCCACACAGCUCACUGAAAUGUACACUAUCGUUGUGCAGAAGGCUCCACAUCUUUUCCAGAACCCGACCGACAUAGAACAACACGUUCAAUCCUGGAUCAAGCUUCAAGAGUUGAUAUUCGUCCUAGGUGGUUCCCUUAAAGACAUCGAGAACCACUGGAAAGACGGUACCGGUCCCCUCGCCGUCCACUUCAGGAAUGAAGAACUUCGCAGCCUCAUCAAAGCUCUGUUCCAAAAUACGCAGAUGCGAGCCAACCUUCUCUCCAAAAUAAAAUAAAUAAUUCUCAGUGUUAGACGUCAGUUUCACCAUAUAAAACGGUGUUAAAUUCUAUUAAAUGUGUCAUUUCAUUUACUACUACAAACAUUUGUGUAAGAAUUGAUGUUACUCACAAGAUAAUUCAAUAUUACAAUAAGUUAAAUUGUAAAACAUUAAAUUAAAUUAUCCAAAUAAAUGUUUACAGAAGAACAGAAUAUCUGUA